CUUGAUCUGGCCAUCGAGUCAAGUUUGCACUGCAUCCCUUGACUCGCGCCCUCCCUUGCCACCCACCGAGAUCACUGCUAGACUUUUCGCCCCUUGAACAUCUUGCCUCUUUCGGCCGCUGCUAAGCCUCCGAUCCGUCGGUCAUGUCUUUGUCUUCGGCCGACGCCCCGAGCUCGCUGCCGACGCAUUUUCGAGUCGCGUUCCGUCACGCGUGCACCCAAGCGCGUUUUCCACUCGCCCUUGCCGGCGCGGGUCUCUCGGCAGCCAGUGGGAUCCCCACCUUUAGAGGCAGUGGUCCAGCCUCACUCUGGCGUCAGCAUGACCCACUGUCGCUAGCCACGCCACAAGCCUUUCGCGCCAACCCAUCUCAAGUGUGGCAGUUUUAUCACUGGAGACGGGAACUCUGUCUCAAGGCGAAACCGAACUCAGCCCAUCACGCCUUGAGCUGGUUGAGCACAGAAGAGGGCAGUCGAAAGAUCUUCCCAGGCGCCGCUAUCGGGCCACAUGGCCAAGGAAGCUUUAGACUAGUCACGCAGAACGUCGAUGGUUUGUCCAAGCGAGCUAAUAUUGCUUACGAGGAGCAGACGGGCGUAAGUCCACCUGACCCAGUCGAAAUGCACGGGUCUCUCUUCCGCACCCGCUGUCUCUCCUGCAAAGACACUUCGGACAAUUUCGAAUCCCCCAUCGCACCUGCCUUACGUGCGACAGAGGAUCUCUCGAGACCAAUCGAGAACUUGCCUCUGUCCUCACUACCCCACUGCCCUCUCCCCAGCUGUCAAAAUUCAGAUGGCUCAAAGGGUCUACUGCGCCCCGCGGUUGUAUGGUUUGGUGAAUCGAUCCCCUUGCUAGACUCCAUCGAAGACCUCAUAGAGCGCUGCGACCUCCUGCUGGUCUUAGGGACCAGCAGCACAGUCUACCCGGCUGCUGGCUUCGCGAGCCAAGUCAGGAGGCAGGGCGGAAGGGUCGCGGUGUUCAAUGUAGAAGCUGGCGAGGAGCAGGCAGACUGGGAAUUCAUUGGCAAGGUCGAGGAGACGCUACCAUGGGUCCUCAGCGAUGCGUCCUAA